GGAGGAGGUAAUGGCGGAAGGCGGUGCGCAGGGGGGAGACUCUGACAGCGCGGCUGGUGACUCCGACAGCGCGGCUGGUCAGACGGCCGAGGAGCCCCAGACCCCUGCAGAGAAUGCACCAAAGCCUAAAAAUGACUUUAUCGAGAGCCUGCCUAAUUCGGUGAAAUGCCGAGUCCUGGCCCUCAAAAAGCUGCAGAAGCGAUGCGAUAAGAUUGAAGCCAAAUUUGAUAAGGAAUUUCAGGCUCUGGAAAAAAAGUAUAACGACAUCUAUAAGCCCCUACUUGCCAAGAUCCAGGAGCUCACCGGUGAGAUGGAGGGGUGUGCAUGGACCUUAGAGGGGGAGGAGGAGGAGGACGACGAGGAAGAGUACGAGGAUGAGGAAGAGGGGGAAGAGGAGGAGGAGGAGGAGGAGGAAGCUGCGGCAGAGGCUGCUGCGGAGGCGGCGGCCGCCAAAGAUGAGGGUCCCCACUCUGCGGUGUCUGAUGACGCCAAGAAAUAAGCGGGGGCAGAGAUUGAAGAGGAGAAUGACGACGAAAACAAAAUCCCUAUUUUUUUUUUUUUUCCAAUAUUGGUGGACUUAAAAAUAAGGCUCAGGUUUGGGACCAAAAUGCAAUGUGAAUCAAUUCUGACAUUCCUACCUAAAAUUAUAUUAAAUUGAAGCAGUCAGAUCCUGGCCAGUCCGUUUCAAAUUUUUCAUUUUGAACACAAUAAAUAAAAGGUGUUGAAGAAAACAAGUUAAAUUUAAAAUGAUUUUUUUCAUGAUCUCUUCUGCACAGACUGCAGUUGAGGCUUAUUAAGGGUGUCAAGUAGAUGUGAAGUAAAGAAUGUAACUUUGAAACCUAUUCAUUCCACUGUCAUCACACUACACACGGAACACCCAGACCAAGACUGAACAUGUUCUCAAUGCUUAAUUCUUCAGUUUCUUUAGUCCGGACAUUUUCCAGUGCAGAAAAAGCAGAACCCAGAAGAAUCUCAUCUUUUAAGACUUUGCUUUUGUAACCCACACAUCAGCUUUACACUUCAGAGAAGAGUGAUGGAAUCGUGGAAGCCUCUGAUGGAGAUCAUGACAGUACUGUUUAAUGAGGCCUGGAAAACUGCCACUUCAGAUUCUAAAGAAUGUUCUGAAUGUUUGAAUUUAGACAAGCAACAUGGUUCUGAGAAGGAGGGUGUAUAACCUGUAUAAUAUUGUCAACAUAUGUGUUUGUUAUUUACAGUCUCAUGUUUAUGUGUUUUCUUGGUAGUGUCUAUUUACAAAGGUGUAUAAAAAAACCCCCAAAUGUUUAAGUAUUAAAUCCCUUUACCUAGCAUUCUAGAAAUAUUAAUUUACUUGAAAAGAUGUAGAAUGUAGCAAAUCCCGUAAAGCAUGUGUAUUCAGUGUUACGUAGUUUGAUCCUUGUGAAGUCUUUUUUGUCAUGUAGCUUUUAGAAUGUAGCUGUGAAAAUUAUCAGAACUCUUCAAUGAAGCUAAUGUUUGGAAAAAAUAAAUACUUGAAGAACCAAUCCAAGUGUGUGUCCCCACCCCCAGCUCAGAAGUAGAAGGGUUUCAGUUUGCUUGUAUUAGCUGUGCCUUCAUUAUUUUGCUAUGUAAAUGUGACAUAUUAAAUAAAAAAUGGUGCAUAUUCAAAUUUUA